AUGGCUGCCAUGAAGACGAUGAAGAUGACCCGCAAGUCUCGCUGUCCCCACGCUGCUCCUGCCUCAUGGCACCAGUGGUGUUGGCCCUCAUCCUGGGUGAGUGACAAAGGGGACGUGGUGCCAUGGGGGUUGGUGGCCCUGUGUGGGACCAGGACCGUGUCCCUUGCAGGUUGGUGGCUGGUGGCAGCGAGCAGGGCACAGCAAGUGCCCCGACCCUCCCUGUCGCUGCACCCCAGCCAGGGGGUGUCCCUGGGGGGCACUGUCACCCUGCGCUGCCACCUGCCCCGGCUGGCUGCCAGGGUCUGGCUGUACCAGGAAGGAGGUUGGACAUACCGCUAUCACAAGGAGAAGGAGAAUAACACUGCUGAGUUCUCCUUCAUUAAGACAACAUGGGAACACGCAGGGAUGUAUCGGUGCCAGUACCAGGUGUUGGUGCUGUUCGGGACGUCGGAGACAAGUGACCCCGUGCAGCUGGUGCUGACAGAUCACAGAUAUCCAUCUCCUCGCAUUUCCCUGAGCCCCGAUGACCUCGUGGGCACGGGGACAAAUUUACAGUCCACGUGGAGAUGGGGGCCAAUGUCACCAUUCAGUGUUGGAACACGGGCUAUAGGGGAACCAUCCUUCUACACAAGCAUGGGCACUCAGCCCCUGUCCAGCGUCAGGACUACAGUGGUGUGGGCACGGCCGCCUUCAGCCUCUUUGCGCUGACCCUGAGUGAUGCUGGCACCUAUGGAUGCUCCUAUCGCCCCAAGUCCCGCCCUUUUGCAUCCUCAGCCCUUGGGGACAGCGUGAUGCUGGAGGUGACACCCACAGCUGCACCCUCAGGAAGGCCAAAGCCCUUCCUGAGAGUGCCCGCGGUGUCACUGCAUCCCAAUGCCAUGGAGAUGGUGGUCAGGGAUGGGGACACCCAAACACCCGGACCCCACAGUUGCCAGGAGGAAUUCCCGUGGGAACCUGGUGGUGUCGGUGGUGAGGGGCUGCGCUGCUGCCUUUGUCUUCAUCCUCGGCCUUUACUUUGUCCUGGAUGCACGUAGACUCAUGGUGUGGUGACAUGAGUGUCCUGGUGCUCCUUGGUGAAAGCGAGGCUCUGAACUCUGCUGAGCUGUGACCUCCGACCCCUCAUGGUCCCCCACCACCUCCCAGCCUCCUGCUAUCUAUGCCAAGGUGGGUGCUGGAGGACCUCACUGACACCUCCUCAGUCCAGGUUCCUCACUUUGGGCAGACCCCACGUUCCUCUUCAGGGCAACUUGAUGCUGAAUUCCUUUUCACAAGCUCCUUCCACACAAACCCAAUACCCCAAAUCUAGCACCCCCAAAUCAUCACUGAUGAACUCCAAACGAUUUCAAUCCCAGAAAACUCUAAACGCACUGAACCCAAAAUGCUGCCCUCCCUCUGUUCUGCUUCUAGCAUCGCCUGGGAGGUGGUGAGCACUGCUUUGUGAGACAUUUCCUUAUAACUAUCUGCAGAUAAAUACACACAUAUAGACAUAUACUAUAACCAUUACUGUUAUUUCUCUCUUCCUGUUGUCGCGUGGCAAAUAGAUUUUAUCUUGACCAACAAGUUGUGGCUUUUUAUUCUGAGUCUCUCUGGGAUCCCACUGGGAGGGGUCAGUGAGAAUAAAAGCUGUGUGGUGCUGAGCUGCUGCUGGGUGACAGCACUGCAGUCAUUGUGGUGCCCAACGUGGGGCCCGAAGGGUGCAGAUCCCCACAGCUGUGAGCAGAGCGUGUUCCAACACAACUGCUCUCAGCAGUACAGCAGCCUCAGAGCUGCUGCUCACAGCGCUGAGCUGUUCCUUCCCUCUGGGCCAUUACAGCUCUCAGGGCUCUUUCCUUCCCUGCGCUGCCGCUGCUUCUCCUCUCCAAGGGCUGCCCUGCAAUUCUGGAUGCUUCUGCCCGUUGGCCUGCAGCGUGUGCUCAUGGCACAGCGGCCAUGGAUGCAAUGUGCUCCUUGUGCUCAGCAGUGCCAUCACUCGCGCUGCAGGAACCUCACCGCGGGAACUCCUCACACGGGCACUCUCUGCUCCACACAAGUGCUGUGGAACAACAAAACCCAUUUUCUGGCAGGUUUUCUUUGCUUGCU